ACAUUACAGUCGUAACGUGUCCAACAUUGCAACUCAGAAAUCGAAACUUUUCUAUUUUAAACCUUCUAAUUUUUCCCCUUUUCCUAGUGUUUGUAAUUGUGUCUCUUUCUCAGUCUCAGCAGGUUGUGGCUCUGCGAUCCGAAAAUGGACGACGAAUUGCUGGAAUUGCAGAGACAGUUUGAGUUCGCACAGCAAGCCAAAUCCAGCAUCAGAUUAUCGGAGCGAAACGUCGUCGAAUUGGUCCAAAAGCUUCAGGAGCUCCGUAUCAUCGAUUUCGACCUUCUCCAUACCGUUUCCGGCAAAGAAUACAUCACUCCAGAGCAAUUGAGGCAUGAGAUAUUGGCGGAGAUCAAGAAACUGGGUCGUGUUUCUUUGAUUGAUCUUGCAGACAAUAUUGGGGUUGAUUUGUACCAUGUUGAGAAGCAAGCUCAACAAAUUGUUUUGGAAGACCCGGGGCUUAUGUUAAAUCAAGGGGAAAUAAUUUCACAGUCCUAUUGGGACUCCGUUGCUGAAGAAAUAAAUGAGAGGCUUCAAGAAUGUAGUCAAAUUGCUUUGGCAGAACUUGCCGCACAAUUACAAGUGGGUUCAGAAUUGAUUGCAUCUAUGUUGGAGCCACGCCUUGGGACUUUGGUGAAAGGUAGGCUUGAAGGUGGACAAUUGUAUACGCCAGCAUAUGUUGCUCGUGUCAGUGCCAUGGUUCGUGGUGCUUCCAGGGGUAUUACAGUUCCCACAAAUUUAUCAGUGCUGUGGAGUUCUUUGCAGCACCUACUGCAAGAAAUGGAAGGAGCAAGUGGUGUAGCUGUUGAUGGUUCAUUUUUCCAAUCUCUGUUUAAUGGACUUCUGAAAGAAGGUGAAAUUCUUGGAUCACUUCGAGCAGGAGUUCAUUGGACACCAAGUGUCUUUGCAAUUGCUCAAAAGGAAUGCAUUGAUUCUUUCUAUUCACAGAACUCUUUCAUCAGUUAUGAGGCUCUUCAAAACCUUGGAAUUUCCCAGCCUGUUUCAUUCUUGAAGUCCAGGUAUCCUGAAGGUACAGCUUUAGUUACCAUGUUUGUUCAUCCCUCAUUGAUUGAGAUGCUGGAUGCUGCUACUGACGAUGCUCUUGAACGUGGUAGCUGGAUUGAUUCUCUUUCCGUACUACCAGCAUCUUUUGGACCGCAAGAUGCUUCGAAAAUUUUGUCCCUUUGUCCAUCUGUUCAGUUGGCUCUGAAGUCUAAUGAUGCGUAUAUCUUUGGAGAGUCCUAUCUAUUUAGUAAUCGCUUCAUCAAGGAUGUCUAUGACUGUGUGGAGAAGGAGAUAGAAACCUUUAGUGGUUCCGAAUCAUCUGGUAUCAUGCUGUCAGAUGAUUUCCACGAAACUAAAGUUGGUCAUGGUAGGUUUGCUGAAUCAAAUGAAAUUGUUAGUGAGACUGGUAGUAGUAAACAGUCUGUGGACAAGGGUUCAAAGAAGAAAAAAGGUAAAUCUUCUGGGAGUAUGGCAGCGAGUGCAACUGAAAGUGGUCUGGAUAACCAGGAGAAUUUUCCUAUGAAAUCUAAGAAAAACCAGAGGAAAGGCAAGGAUAACUCUUCCUUACAAGUGUUAGAUUCAAAAGCCUCUGUUAAAAGAGAACCAGUUAAAACGAAAGAACACAAUCUCAAAAUUCCGUCAGAAGAAUGGAUAAUGCAGAAGCUCACAUUGCUAGUUCCUGAACUUGCAGAUCAAGGAAUAGAUGAUUCUGAAGCCAUUGUUAGACCUCUAGCAAACUAUAUAAGACCAAUGCUAAUUAAUUAUUUGAAGGAGAGAAGGAAUGCCUUGUUUACAGCAAAUGCAGAGCGAAUGAAACGCUUGAUUGAUAAUUUGCAGAAGAAACUUGAUGAGUCCUUCUUGAACAUGCAGCUAUACGAAAAAGCUUUAGAUUUGUUUGAAGAUGACCAAUCAGCUUCAGUCAUUUUGCACCGGCAUUUGUUAAGAACAGUAGUUGCAAGUAUUGCGGAUAUGCUCUUCCAUGAUUUGGAUACGCACAACAAAUUGAAGAAUGGAGUGGAAGUUGAGGAACCUAAGAAUUCAGAUUUUGUUCCACUUAGUCCUGGAGAAAGAAUUGCCAUUGCUAAGAGUUUGCCUGGAUCACUUUCAAUUAAAGCUCUUUCAGUAGUUGAAGCUUUGGAAGGGAAGAGGGUCGAAACUUUCAUGUCUGCACUAUGGGAAAUUGCAGAAGAGAGUGGGUUACCUUUAAGAAAGCUUGACAAGAAAUUGGAAAGAACUCUUCUUCAUUCAUAUCGCAAGGAUUUGAUGUCUCAAGUUUCAGCUGAAACUGAUUCAGUUUCUCUUCUGCCAAAAGUGGUUUCCCUACUAUACGUACAGCUUUACCAUAAAGCUCUUCAAGCUCCUGGAAGGGCCAUUUCUGUUGCCAUCAGUCGGCUCAAGGAUAAACUAGAAGGUUCAGGCUACAAGAUCUUAACAGAUUAUCAAAAUGCUACUGUGACUCUUUUAUCACUAAUGUCUGCUGCACCUGACGAUGAAGAAGCUUGUGCACAUGAUAGAAUUUUAAGCAAGAGAGAACUUCUGGAAAACCAAAUGCCAGCACUGAAAGGCCUGGUUUUGGGUGCCUCUCAGUCUUGAGUCAGCUUAUGUCAGAUUCUACAAGGCAAAGAUUCAGAGAUCACCUAUAAUUGAUUUCUUUUUGCCUUGAACAUGCUAGUCUGUGAACUGACUAUUUCCGCAAAACCAACAAUUUACAUGGAACAACCAUUCACAGGAAACUAGCGAUACACGGGAAACUAGCAAUACUAAUUUUCAUACAAAUAGUUACAUAUAUUUUUUCUUUUUUCUU